CAGAGGAAGAAAUAAAGAUGUACUCUAGUUUGAAGCCAACGAUAACAUUUAAGCGCGAAGGUGACUCUGCGUAUAUGAACUUUGAAAUGGCACCGGGUGCGGCUCAUUCCUGCAGAUUCAAAUUUAAUGAAGAAUUCGAUUCAAAGGAUGAACGUAUGGACCCACCCGCCUUUCAUAAUAAGGAAACUGCUGCCUUAAGAGAAGAUGGUGUUAUGACGUUUACAGCCAAAACACAGAUAACAGGUCCAGGAAAGGUGGAUACAUAUUCGGAAUACUUUGUUAAAGACGACGAACUUCACACCCCGAUGAAUCCCCUUGGUAACAGAAGUAUCAGUGGCAACAGAAUUUAUAAAAAGGUCAAGGCCGUUAAACAAUGACAACUUGUAGCUCAAUGUACAGUCAACUGUCGUAGAGAAAUCAACGCACGCUUUAUUUGAGCACGUUGGUCCGAUGAAAUAAUAAAACAAAAGAAAGUUGUUUAAAAACUUGUUUAUAAGUAUGUUCCUUUAAACUUUCCUAGCGGCAGCUUAGAUUGCUGAACCCUUCCACAUAUAUAUAACCUCUCUCACCCGGGUCAAAAUUCAUUAACUGUUUUCAAGUCUGAAAUCAUGUUACUGCACUUCGUGUGUUUUUGGUGAAUGUUUUAUAAAAGCAAUUUUCGGUUGCUGUGUAUUUAAAUGUGUUAAAUUAAUGAUAAUGCUGCAUAAGUAUUUGAAG